UACUUUUCCCCAGCAGCAGUAAGCAGCAGGAGCCGACCGAGGAAGCUCCAGUCUGACUCUCAUUGUGUGUGUGCGUGAGAGGAGAGAAGGAGGCAGGCACAGGAGCUCCUGUAAAGCCUUCUGUCCACGCAACUUUCCCACCAGGGUUCCCCCCUCCACCACACGCACUGAGUCAACCCCCCUCUUCUUGCAGCAUCCUCAGACCCUGGACUCAGGACCCCCCCAUUUCCACCCCUACUCCUGGAGGUCACUUUUAUUUUUGUGCACAAGUUGCUACAUCUUUGGAGGAAGAAAGAAGCCAUAGAAGGAAACUGGGGUCAGAUCGUCCCCAUGGGAGAGUUGGGGGGAAAUCCCUAAUUUUUAACCCAACUCCCUCCCCCGUUUUUUGCAUUUGGUAGGUUAUUUUUUUGCGGGUGUGUGUGUGAAGCAUCUGGAAUCUCAGGUGUUGUGAGCAAAGGGGUUUGUUGGAAAGUCCCCCCCCCAUUUCAGGGGAGUUUGGGAAACUUUUGAAUGGGAGGAAAGAUUUCAGUCUGGGAAAAGAAACCCUGAAAUCCUCCCCCUUUGCAGGGAAUUUUGGGGAUCCCUCCAUCCUGGGAUCUGCCCCCCAUGGACUUUUCUGGGGUUGUAAGUUUCACCCCUCGCUGUUUUAAUUUUUGAUUGUUUCAAGUCGCCACCAACCAGCAGGCGCGUCCUCCACCCUGAACCAGUGCUAAAGGGGGGGAUUCCUGUGGUGGAGGGGGCCGCAAAGCAGAGGGAGCUGGGGGGGCAAUGCCUUCCGUGAUGGAAAAAUCCGGCCCGGCCUCCGGGAUCCUGUCGAGGAGCCGGGCGAAAUCGGCCACCAAUGGCAAUCAUCAGACCUCGGAGGAUGAGAGCAGCGAAGAAGAGCAUUCGCACGACAGCAUGAUUCGGGUGGGGGCUGAUUACCAAGCUGUGAUCCCUGAGUGCAAGCCAGAAAGCCCUGCUCGCUACAGCAACAAGGAACUGAAGGGGAUGCUGGUCUGGUCGCCCAACCACUGUGUGUCAGACGCCAAAUUGGACAAAUACAUCUCAAUGGCCAAAGACAAGCACGGCUACAACAUUGAGCAGGCCCUGGGGAUGCUGCUGUGGCACAAGCAUGACGUGGAGAAGUCUCUGGCUGACCUGGCCAACUUCACGCCCUUUCCAGACGAGUGGACGGUGGAGGACAAGGUGCUGUUUGAGCAGGCGUUCAGCUUCCAUGGCAAGAGCUUCGCGCGCAUCCAGCAGAUGGUACCUGAUCCCCAGCCUGGUGAAGUAUAUUACUCCUGGAAGAAGACAAGAGCCGCACAGUGUCAUGGACGACAGGCCCGCCGGCUGCUCAGCAAGAAGGAGAGGGAUGACAGGUGGGGGGAGGACAGGCGAGGGACGGGCAGCCAGCGAGGGGAGUUUGAUGCCAUGGACCCCAAGAAGGAGCCGAGCUACCAGAAGCUGCCGAACAGCCGACCGGGCCCAGGAUCGGGCUCAGGGCCUGUGAGAAAGGAGGCGCAGCUGUCGCAGUAUCGGCACCACCCACUGCGCUCACGCCGGCGCCCCCCCAAGGGCAUGUACCUGAGCCAGGAUGACAUCGCUGGCAUCUCAGCCAGCCCUGAUGUGGGCACCCUGGCGCUGCGCCACCUCGACUCACAGCUCGUCUCCCUCAAGCGCCAGGUCCAGUGCAUCAAGCAGAUCAACAGCAGCAUGAAGCAGGCCCUGGAGGGUGGGAUUGACAAGCUGCGGCCCCCUGAGGGGAACAGCAAGUUCAACUCGCGCUGGACAACGGACGAGCAGCUGCUGGCUGUGCAGGCCAUCCGCAGGUAUGGGAAGGAUUUCCAGGCCGUGGCUGGGGUGAUCGGCAACAAGACACUGGCCCAGGUGAAAACCUUCUUCGUCAGCUACCGGCGCCGCUUCAACCUGGAGGAAGUGCUGCAGGAGUGGGAGGCUGAGCAGGGGGGCUCCCCAAGGGGCCGCUCCCCCCCCCAUGACACCAAGAGCUCCAGCGUCUCCCUGGCCAGCAGUGAGGAGGACGAUGAGGUGCAGAUCACAGCCGUGUCCCGCUCUGCCCAGCAGCAGCCGCAGCCCCCAGCAUCUACUGCAGCGACUCUGCCCUCUGCCUCCCCCCGGCUGCCGCCCACCACGCUGUCGCAACCUCCCCCCUUGCUGCGGCCCACGCUGCCCACAGCGCCCACGCUGCACCGCCAGCCACCCCCACUCCAGCAGGGACGCUUCCUGCAGCCCAGACUGUCACCCAACCAGCCGCCCCCGCCACUCAUCCGACCUGCUGCCUCCCGGCACCAUGGGCGGGGGCCCCAGCACCCCUCCUCACUGGUGGGCAUGGCCCUGGAGUCCCCUCCCCCCUCCUCCUCCAGCUCUCUCUGAGGUUUUGGGGGGAGGCCAGCUGAAGCCCCCUACUUCCUUAGUGUCUUGGAUCUUGCUUGGUUAAGAGGUCAGGGGCUCCAUCUACCACAUAGUGACACACUUGGGGUGUCUCUAGGACCCCCCCUCCCCAGGGGAGGGGAGAGAUCGAAGGACUUGCAUUGCAUUGGUUGAACCCAGCCCCCCCAGCAUGGUCCAUUUGGGCUCUAAGCGAAAUCGAGGCAGGGGAGUGGGUAGUAAUGCCAGCUGUGGGGAGCCUGGGGUAGUGGCG